AUGUCGAACCCUAACCAACAACAAAACCAGGACGAUCUGUCUCAGGGGAUUCAGAACUUGAACGUUGGAGCGCCGCAAUUCAACCCGACCGCUGCGUCGGCCUUCGUUCCUGGCCAGUAUGGCCAACAGUAUGGUCAACAGUACGGCCAGUACGGCCAGUAUAACCAAUACCAGCAAUAUAACCCAUCGUAUGGACAAUACGUGCCGCCUCAGUCAUUUGGAUACGAUGCCGGAAAUGCGUACGGAUACCAGCAACCCCAGCAAUCCAACCAGAUGUCGUUGGAGGACUACCAGAAACAGCAACAGGAGGCUCUUAGCAAGACCAGCAAGCCAAAGACCAAGCUGAAGUUGAACCUUAACAGUAGCACCGUCAAGGCUCCUGCCAAGAAGAAGGAGGAACCAAAGAAGGAGGAGCCUAAGGAGGAGCCAAAGAAGGAGGAGGUCAAGACAGAGCCAAAGAAGGCCGAGGCUAAGGUCGAGACCAAAGCUGAGCCAAAAGCUGAGCCAAAGGUGUCUGCCAAGGCUGCUUCCAAGGAGAAGAUCGACAAGACUACCAAGCCAGUUUCUUCUGCCUCGGUCAUCAAGGAGCAGGAGGACCAGCUCGACGAGUCGGUUUUGCAGGACAUGUUUGGCGGCAAGGACCACAUGUCGAUCAUCUUUAUGGGACACGUUGAUGCCGGAAAAAGUACGAUGGGUGGUAACUUGCUAUUCUUGACUGGUGCUGUUGACAAGAGAACCGUCGAGAAGUACGAGAGAGAGGCCAAGGACGCAGGAAGACAAGGAUGGUAUCUUUCUUGGAUCAUGGACACAAACAAGGAAGAGAGAAACGACGGUAAGACCAUCGAGGUGGGAAAGUCGUACUUCGAGACCGAAAAGAGAAGAUACACCAUUUUGGACGCUCCGGGCCACAAGCUGUACGUGUCUGAGAUGAUUGGUGGAGCUUCGCAGGCCGAUGUUGGUAUCUUGGUGAUUUCUGCCAGAAAGGGAGAGUACGAGGCCGGUUUCGAGAGAGGAGGCCAGUCCAGAGAGCAUGCCAUUCUGGCCAAGACCCAGGGUGUCAACAAACUUGUUGUUGUGAUCAACAAGAUGGACGACCCAACGGUCGGCUGGUCUGAGGAGAGAUACACCGAAUGUAUCACCAAGUUGUCGAUGUACCUCAAGGGAGUUGGCUACCAAAAGAACGAUGUCACCUACAUGCCUGUUUCUGGCUACACGGGAGCCGGUUUGAAGGAGAGAGUCAACCCUAAGGAGUGUCCAUGGUACUCUGGUCCAUCUCUGCUGGAGCUGCUGGACGCCAUGCCUCUUGCUGCCAGAAAAAUUAAUGAUCCGUUCAUGCUUCCUAUUUCCGGGAAAAUGAAGGACUUGGGUACCGUGGUGGAAGGAAAGAUCGAGUCUGGUCACGUCAAGAAGGGCCAGCAACUAAUCAUGAUGCCGAACAAGAUGCAGGUCGAGAUCCUCACCAUCUACAACGAAACUGAGGCCGAGGUCGACACUGCCGUUUGCGGAGAGCAAGUUAGACUCAAGUUGAAGGGUAUCGAGGAAGAGGAAGUGUCUGUCGGAUACGUGCUUUCGUCUGUGGCUAACCCGGUCAAGACGGUGACCCGGUUCGAGGCCCAGAUCGCCAUUGUCGAGCUCAAGUCGAUCUUGUCGUCUGGAUUCUCCUGUGUGAUGCACGUCCACACGGCCAUCGAGGAAGUCUCGUUCUUGCAACUGCUCCACCAUCUGCAAAAGGGAACCAACAGAAAGUCCAAGAAACCACCUGCGUUUGCUAAACAGGGAAUGAAGAUCAUUGCUGUUUUGGAGACCACCGAACCCGUGUGUUUGGAGACCUACGAGGAUUAUCCUCAGCUUGGUCGGUUCACCUUGAGAGACCAGGGCCAGACCAUUGCCAUUGGAAAGGUGACCAAGCUGUUGUAA